GCCACUUUGUCGUGUCGCAGAAUGGAUUACCUGUGUUUGUCAGCUACGUUCCACGUCUCCGGACUGCCCUAGAGUGCAGCGUCGGGAUCGCAUCGCAUCUACUUCGGGAUAUUAUCGUAACCAAUGUGUCUUGAGAAGAAAACCAUUUGCUCCUUUUUAAAAACCCUAUUUAUAACACACUGUGCUUUCUUCGAAUAUUGUCAUUAUGGCGAAGCUUAGUACGGCAUCCGUUUCGUUCUGAAACGCGGCGUUUGAGAGUGAAACUUGCGUACCCUUUGCUGGAGACCAUCUGCAACAAAUUGUUGCAAACAUUUCGAAGACGAUGUUUGAUUGGUCUUUUGUCGCUCUUGCGCCCUAAUUUUCAGUUUUCCCUCUGAAUCAUCUCUGGGAAAAUUUCCACGGGUUCAUUUAAACUAUGUUUACUUUUGCUGCUUUUUGCUACAUGCUCUCUCUGGUUCUCUGCGCCUCCUUGAUCUUCUUUGCAAUUUGGCACAUAACGGCCUUCGAUGAGCUCCAGGCGGAUUUCAAGGUCCCGAUCGAUCAGGGCAACCCACUUCACGCGAGGGAGAGACUCAGGAACAUAGAGCGGAUCUGCUUCCUUCUGCGAAAGCUGGUGCUUCCAGAAUAUUCCAUCCAUGGCCUCUUCUGCAUCAUGUUCCUGUGUGCCCAGGAGUGGCUGACUGUGGGCCUGAACAUCCCGCUCCUCUUCUACAACACAUGGAGGUACUUCCAUAGCCCAACAGACACGCCGGAGCUCCUCUAUGACCCAGCGUCCGUCAUGAACGGGGACACGCUCAAGUUCUGCCAGAAAGAGGCCUGGUGCAAAAUGGCUUUCUUCGUCCUCUCCUUCUUCUACUAUCUCUACUGUAUGAUCUACUCUUUAGUAGCUUCGUAACAUGUAGCAUCUGCACCCGAACUCUCGCCAUUAAGAGAGCAGUCCCUGGGAUGUUUGCUAAACUCACGUCGGGUUUUGCACUCGGAUUCUGGAGAACCAAUUUGGAGCAAAAGGGCACUUUCAGGCUGCAAGCAAU